AUGUCGACGCCUGCGAUGGCUUCCGGCGACCUGCUGGACCUCGUCUCGUCGUCAGGUGCGGCCACUAUCUAUCCUAAUGACGACGCCAUUCUCGCCGUCCUACAAGCCCGUUUUCGCGCAGACCUGCCGUACACCCGUAUCGGCUCCACCCAUCUGCUUGUCGUCAAUCCCCUCAAAGCACUGUCCAGCGUUAGCGAUGCCAGUGCCCGCGAGUACGAGGAACGAUGCUACAAGGACACCAAUCUCCCCGCCAUCGACUCCCCAAAGCCGCUCCAGCCGCACAUGUACGAGACGGCUUGCAGGAUAUAUCUGCUCAUGCGCCGUCGGGCAGAGCCGCAGAUGAUUAUUCCUCGUGGAAUCACGGCGUCAGGCAAGUCCGCCUCAUUGCGUCUUCUCUCGAGUCAACUCUUGCGGCUGUCCACGCACUCACGAAAAGAGGCCAAGCUUGCCGACCAGCUCCGCGCUCUGACGACACUGGUCGAUUCUUUCGCAAACGCUAAGACGCAAGCGAAUCCUGACGCCUCUCGGCAUUCCAAACUCGUCGAGAUGCACUUCAACGAACGCGGUCGGUUUGCUGGUGCCAAAUGUCUGCUAUUCGGUCUCGACAAGUCGCGUCUGGUCAAGCUGGGUCACGAGGAGCGGACGUAUCACGUCUUCUACCAACUCCUCGCUGGUGCCACAACAGCUGAGCGGGACCAGCUGUUGCUCGAGGAUAUGUCUGAAUAUGCGUUGCUGGCGUCGUCCGGCACGUAUCGCCUUCCGGCCGGCCCUUUUUCGGAUGACACCACCGGCAUGGCGGACCUACGCGCGGCACUGCGCACACUUUCCUUCAAACACACGCCCGCCGUCCUCUCCCUCCUUUCCGCCAUCCUUGCUUCCACUAACAUUACCUUCGUGGCCGCGGACAACAACACCGAAUCGUCGACGGUUGCCCCGGAUUCCAUCCAAGCUUUGCAGGUGACAGCCCGCUUGCUGGGUGUCCCUUCGGACGAAUUGGAGAGUGCACUCACGAAUCGGAGUGCCUAUGUUAGGAAGGAGCUGUACACUGUGCUCUUGAACGAGCACAAUGCCGUCAACCAGCGAACUGCGCUUUCCCGGGAUCUCUAUGCGAUCUUAGUUGCGUUCGUCAUGGAAUCGGCAAAUCGGCGCAUUGAGCCGCCCAGCGGGACGAACGUGAUUGCGAUGCUGGAUACCCCCGGUUUCUCGGCACCUGCAGCAGCCCUUGGCCCCGCGUCCUUCGAAUUGUUCGCCAACAACUUUGCGGACGAACUGGUCCAGGGAUGGGUGACGCAGGCUGUGUUUGCGAAUGCGGAGGAUGUUGUAGGCAAUGAAGCGUGCCUAGAGCUGUUCCGCGGUGUGCCUGUGACAGAACCCGCUGUUAUCCCCAGCAGAAAAGGAGACAAGGAAGCUCGUGGUAUCCUCGGUGUCAUCGGCCGAGCUAGCAUUGCCUUCAAGACCGGGAAAGGCGCUGACCGGGACCGCGAUGAGGAGCUUCUUGCGGAGAUGGUCGGCCGUUUUUCGAGCCACGCGUCCUUCGAAACAACACCCCUGCCCCCAUCUGCGGGCGGUGUUGGGACCGGCAAUCUCACCGCCCGGCCACGAGCAUUUGGAAUCAAUCAUUACGCAGGGCAGUGUGCGUAUGAUGUGCGGGGCUUCGUGGCCGCUGAUGCUGAUCUGCUCGAUGCCGCGCUCGUGACUCUGCUACGGGCAUCAACGGUUCCGUUCGUGGCCAAGUUAUUCUCGGGCCCCUCUCUUGCCGCCGAAAGCCAUGCACGGGAUGUCAACACCAUUGUCCAGGCGCAGGUUUCUUCUCGUCCAUUGCGGGGGCCCUCGCUCGGUGGAGCAGAGGAGCUUGCUCGAUUCGACGCCUCCAAGACGCAUCCUGCCAUGGCCCAGCUCGAUGGUACUCUAUCCGCGCUCCUUCACGGCUCCAGGGACGGCCAAGCUCAAAUCGGCGCAUCCGAGCCCAACUCCGAUCUCUUCUCGUUCCCGCUUUGGUUCAACAUGGGCACGGAGGAGCGCAUCGAGCAAUGUGCGCGGGCCAACGGCUGGCGCGAAGGUUCGGACUACCGCUUCGCUGCGGGUCGGAUCAUGCUCGAGUAUGGCGCCUGGAAGAUGGUCGAGGACGUGCUAAGAGGGCAGGAGAAACGGGGAGCAGAUGACCAAGAGCCUAUCGACGAGCCAGAUGUCGACGAGACCACCGAAUACACCCACGGCCAUGCCUAUGAGGCAAGCACCGAGAACUUUGGCUACGGCUCUGGCGGUCUGCAGACCCCCGCUGAUCCAUUUGCUGGCGGCAUGCCUGCACCUCCACCGGGAAGCGGAAGCGGCUGGGCUGGCUCUGACUACAAGGGCAGUCCCAUGGGAACGAUGGAGGGAUACCCCGAUUCGCCUCUUCCAAUGUCCAAGGACGACCACUCGGAGGUCACUGGUGCUGGCGCCCCUGCGACCGGGUUCGUGCAGAAAGAUGCUCUGCUUGCCAACAACGAAAUGGAAGAGAUCCCGUCUAGUCGGGCGCGGCGAUUCUGGCUCGGUGUUGUCUGGACCAUGACGUGGUUCAUCCCAACAUUCCUGCUGUCUUCCGUGGGUCGCAUGAAACGUCCUGAUAUCCGACUGGCCUGGCGAGAGAAGGUUGCUAUCUUCCUGCUCAUCUUCCUGCUCAAUGGGAUCGUCGUGUUCUACAUCGUCGUGUUCGGUCGCUUACUCUGUCCUGAAUUUGCCAAGGCCUGGGGAGUGAACGAGGUUGCUCAGCACACGACGACGCAGAACUACUGGGUCGCCAUCCAAGGCACUGUGUACGAUGUGACCAAUUUCGUGCAAGGCGACCACAGUGAUAUCAAUUCGGAGGCGAGCAACGGCCAGGAUGUGCUCACUGUUCUUGCCGGUCAGGAUCUCACGUACUAUUUCCCGGUCCCCCUUGUCCUGGGUUGUCCUACAUUGGUGACUGACGGGUCCAUGUUCUUGACGCCGAAGAACUUCACUCAAGACGAGCCUACUGCGAUGCACACCAGCGGCCAGCUGCAGAGUGUGCCAAACUCAGCGUUGCACAACAACGAUUGGUACACCGCCACAUUCUUGCCCAAGAUGGCCAAUUACAGGAAGGGUCCUGUGGUCAUCACAACGGGCACCUUGAGAUCGCAGGCUGCUGAUACAGGCAUCGCCAAGAUUUGGGGUCGAUACGGCAACAACAUCUACGACUUGACGGACUACGUCAACACGCUUUCGAUCAACGUGAACAACAACGCCUAUGCGUUCCUCGACAACAACAUCGUCUCUGUUUUCAAGCAGCAGUCUGGCCAGGAUAUCACCAAGCCUCUGAAUGCCGUCCUGGACGCCAUGAGCGCCGAUCAACGUGGAUUGAAUAUGCAGUGUCUCAACAAUGCAUUCUAUAUCGGACAGUACGACUUCCGAAAGGAUGCCCGAUGCACCGUCCAGAACUAUCUGCUUCUUGUCGCCUCUGGAAUUCUGAUGGGUUCGAUGGGUCUGAAAUUCUUGGCUGCCUUGCAACUCUCCCCGAAGCGCAACCCUGAGCUCCAAGACAAAUUCGUCCUGUGCCAGGUCCCGUGUUAUACCGAAGGCGAAGACUCGCUCCGACGAACCAUCGAUUCUCUCUCCGCACUCAAUUACGAUGAUAAGCGUAAGCUGAUAUUCAUCAUAUGUGAUGGGAAUAUUAUCGGAAGUGGGAACGAUCGUACGACACCUCGUAUCGUUCUGGACAUCUUGGGUGUCGACCCUCAGCUCGACCCAGAGCCGCUUCUGUUCAAGUCUGUCGGCGAAGGUUCAAAAGCGCUGAACUACGGGAAAGUCUACUCUGGCUUGUAUGAGUACGAGGGCCAUGUCGUUCCGUAUAUGGUCGUGGUCAAAGUUGGAAAGCCUACCGAGCGGGCGAAACCCGGCAAUCGAGGAAAGCGAGACUCUCAGAUUCUGCUCAUGCACUAUCUCAACCGAGUGCAUUUCGAUGCUGCCAUGUCACCACUGGAGCUGGAGAUCUAUCAUCAAAUGCGGAAUGUGAUUGGUAUCGACCCGGCAUUCUACGAGUACAUCUUCACGAUCGACGCUGAUACUUCCGUGACACCCGAUUCUCUCAACCGACUCGUGGCCAGCUCAUCAGACGACUCUGCGAUCAUCGGCAUCUGUGGCGAAACGAAGCUGCAGAACGAAGAGGAUUCGUGGUGGACGAUGAUCCAGGUCUAUGAGUACUACAUCUCGCACCACCUUCCAAGGCUUUCGAGAGUUUAUAAGGGCCGGCCCAUCAUCAUCUCAAACCGGAUCAUCGACGAAUAUUCGGAGCCUAAUGUCGAUACUCUGCACAAGAAGAACUUGUUUUCGCUCGGAGAAGAUCGGUUCUUGACGACGUUGCUGAUGAAACAUUUCCCGACCUACAAAACCAAGUUCACGCCGGAUGCGAUAGCUCACACCGUUGCGCCCGAGUCGUGGAAGGUGUUGUUCUCUCAGCGACGUCGUUGGAUCAACUCGACCGUGCACAACUUGUGUGAGCUUGUGCUGCUGCCUGAGCUGUUCGGGUUCUGCUGCUUCUCGAUGCGUUUCUUCGUGUUCAUUGAUCUCCUGGGAACCCUGAUCUUGCCUGCCACUGUCGUUUAUCUAUUUUACCUGAUCAUCGAAGUGGCCCUUGGGAAGCAGGCCGUCCCCAUUAUUGCCUUGGCUAUGAUUGCUGCGACGUACGGUCUACAAGCCAUGAUCUUCAUCCUGAAGCGCGAGUUCAUGCUGGUUGGAUGGAUGAUCGUCUAUAUCCUUUCAUACCCUGUUUACAGUUUCUUCCUGCCGGUGUACUCUUUCUGGUGCAUGGACGAAUUCGGUUGGGGUAACACGCGUUUGGUGAUUGGAGAAGGCAAAGACAAGAAGGUCAUCAUCAAUGAGGACGAGAAGUUUGACGACUCGAUGAUUCCGCUCAAGAAGUUCAGUGUCGCGGCAGAAUACGAGGCAGAAGCUUGGGAGACGGCAGAUCGACACUCGGACGGCAACCACUCGGAAUACAGCGGCAAGCCUCGAUCGCGGUCGCGAGGGCCGUCUCCACGGCCGUAUCAGGAAGCUUCUCAGGCGGGCGACUACUACCGGGACACGAAUCUGACUGCUCCCCGAUCUCGAAACCAUGGUUCCCAGCAAUCUGUGAUGUCAGUUCCCCCAACUGCCGUACAUGCCCUUCAACGGUGGCCCUGGGUCGGUGACGGGUUCAGACCACGGGAUGAUGGCGCCAAUGGGCUACCAGAACACAGGCAGCAUGUACGGGAUGAUGCCCCCGAUGAUGACUGGCAUGCCGAUGUACAGCACGCCGAGCCU